AUGAAUCUGGAGUGUGAACACCAAGGUUCGAAUUCUGAUUCUACGCUUACAACUUGUAUGAAUUUGUACGACUGGAUGAAGAAGCCUCGGUGUGGUGUGCCUGACCAGACUCGAGGUAGUUCCAAAUUUAAUAUUCGUCGAAAGCGAUAUGCACUAACAGGACAGAAGUGGCAACACAAGCACAUCACUUACAGCAUAAAGAACGUAACUCCAAAAGUAGGCGAUCCUGAAACACGUAAAGCUAUUCGCCGUGCCUUUGAUGUAUGGCAGAAUGUAACUCCUCUGACAUUUGAAGAAGUUCCCUACAGUGAAUUAGAAAAUGGAAAAAGAGAUGUGGACAUCACAAUCAUUUUUGCAUCAGGUUUUCAUGGAGACAGUUCUCCCUUUGAUGGAGAAGGAGGCUUUUUGGCACAUGCCUACUUCCCUGGACCAGGAAUUGGGGGAGAUACUCAUUUUGAUUCAGAUGAACCAUGGACACUAGGGAAUCCUAAUCAUGAUGGAAAUGACCUCUUUCUAGUUGCAGUGCAUGAAUUAGGACAUGCUCUAGGGUUGGAACAUUCCAAUGAUCCCACAGCAAUCAUGGCUCCAUUUUACCAGUAUAUGGAGACUGACAACUUUAAACUACCUAAUGAUGAUUUACAAGGCAUCCAGAAGAUAUAUGGUCCACCUGACAAGACCCCUCCACCAACAAGACCUCUACCAACAGUGCCCCCACACCGCUCUAUUCCUCCGCUAGACCCACGGAAGAACGACAGGCCUAAACCUCCCCGGCCUCCCACUGGCAAACCUUUCUAUCCUGGAGCCAAACCCAACAUCUGUGAUGGGAACUUCAACACUCUCGCCAUUCUCCGCCGAGAGAUGUUUGUUUUCAAGGACCAGUGGUUUUGGCGAGUGAGGAACAACAGGGUGAUGGAUGGAUACCCCAUGCAAAUUACUUAUUUCUGGAGGGGAUUGCCUCCAAGUAUUGAUGCAGUAUAUGAAAACAGUGAUGGAAAUUUUGUCUUCUUUAAAGGUAACAAAUACUGGGUGUUCAAGGAUACCACUCUUCAACCAGGUUAUCCACAUGACUUAAUAACUCUUGGAAAUGGAAUUCCCCCUCACGGUAUUGAUUCUGCCAUUUGGUGGGAAGAUGUGGGGAAGACCUACUUUUUCAAGGGGGACAGGUAUUGGAGAUAUAGUGAAGAAAUGAAAACCAUGGAUCCUGGCUAUCCAAAACCUAUCACAAUAUGGAAAGGUAUCCCAGAGUCUCCUCAGGGAGCCUUUGUACACAAAGAAAAUGGCUUCACAUAUUUCUAUAAAGGAAAAGAGUACUGGAAAUUCAAUAACCAGGUACUUAAGGUAGAGCCUGGGUAUCCCAGAUCCAUCCUUAAGGAUUUUAUGGGCUGUGAAGGACCAACAGACCAGGACAAAGAACGACAUAGCCCACAAGAUGACGUAGAUAUUGUCAUCAAACUGGACAACACAGCCAGCACUGUGAAAGCCAUAGCUAUUGUCAUCCCCUGCAUCCUGGCCUUAUGCCUCCUUGUAUUGGUUUACACAGUGUUCCAAUUCAAGAGGAAAGGAACACCUCGUCACAUACUGUACUGCAAACGCUCUAUGCAAGAGUGGGUGUGA